AUGCCCAGGAAUGAAAAGCCCUUGGCAACUAUCAUAGAAGGCAGAUGGUAUUCUGUGGGGAAAAGUGGUAGACCAACUCUGGAAUUAACCAGAACUCAAAAGAGGAGGAGACCAGCUCUGCCAGAAAAGGGAAGAAUCCGGAAGUACUUCCCCAGACGGAACGAACAACCAGCCAGCCACAAAAAAUGCUACAAACAGAAUCUCCAGACAUAUCUUCUAUCCAUCCUGCCUCAUCCUCAGUCAAUCAGCUUGAACCAUCCGAACCUAUUCCAAUUAAAGGACAAGAAGACUAGACUGAAGAGAGAACAGGAAGACUGGACAGAAGAAUAUGGAGAGGAGCAAAUGGAGUAUGAUGUAGAACUGGAUGAAGAAACUGAGGCUUUUGGCGCAGAAUUGGAAAACAUGUUACAGGGUGAUCUGGGCAUCAACAUGGUCUUCAUCUUGCCAGAAGAAUUCAGGGCAACAGAAGGGCAAGAAAACACUCUGAAAGGAGAUGUUGUCUCCCAAGAAAGCUUUGAGUGCAGAUUGGCAGAAGUAGAAGAGGCACCAGAACAGCAAACACCUACUGCCAAGACAAGUGGAACAACCAUGAAACUGGCUACGGAACAGCUUUGCUUCUCCAAGCCAACCAAAGAGAUGGCCAAUCACCUCAGACCUCUGUUCAUAACAGCAAAUUUUAGGGGUAUUCCUAUUCCCAAGGUCAUGGUAGAUGGAGGUACAGCCAUUAAUCUUCUACCUCACAGAUUGCUAAUUGGAACCAAAGAGUUAAAGAUUGCAUUCUUUGUGGUGGACACCACUUCUACCACUUACAAUGCAUUGCUUGGCAGGGACUGGAUUCACCAAAGCUUAUGU